UAUAUUACAAGAAAAAGUCGCAAGGGGAUUAACUCAGUUUCAGAAAAAAGAGAAGGUCUGUCUCUGGCGUCGCUGGAAUUUACUGCGAUCAACACAAACAUCGUGUCCCAGCCAACCCGGAGUUUAAGGCCGUUUAUCUUAUCUUUUCCAUUUUAUCUGGUGUUUAUUUCAGAUGCUCCUUGCUUCCAAAUGUUGAAAUGGGGGUGGUAUUUCCUCUACACAGCUCGAAGAACGGGCGAUUCAGGAACCAUAUACCCCUGUAGAAGACUUUCAUAAAUAUAAUCUAAUAAAUUACCAUAAUAAUCUAAUAGUACAUAUAUAUAUAUAUAUAUAUAAACAUAUUUCAAGAUACUUGGGCUGCUCGGACCAAGACUUCUUAUUGGAAUUGUUAUAGACAUAUCCCCCGCAGUAUGUCACUUUCGGAAAUAAGGGGGCUAUCUCAUGCUGUAGCUCUGUGUUUGCUGAUAUGUCCUGUUUGUCUCUUCACUUGGCAAACAUCACUGAGCUCAGUACUUCACAAAAUUCCACAGUCAAGCCACAUUAAGCGCCAGUUACGAUAUGGUAAUGAAUGGAGUUCCUGGACAACUUGGUCUCCAUGCUCUCGCAGCUGUGGUGGUGGAGCAUCUGUUCGAACCCGGAUGUGCCUUACCAGAAAUGCACAAGAGGGACCUUGCCCAGGUGAACCCAGACAGUAUAAAAUUUGUAAUGUACAGGUCUGUCCAGCUGGAUCCAUAGGAUUUCGUGACUUGCAGUGUGCCGCCUACAAUGAUAAAUCAAUAAUGGGCAGCAAGAAAUUCCAGUGGACUACAUUCAUUGGAGGUUCUGAUCCUUGUGAUUUGAGUUGUUUAGCCCUGGGACAAAACUUCUACUACAACUUUGGCCACGUGCUAGAUGGAACUCCCUGCCCAACUGAAACCGAUGGCGUCUGUAUUAAGGGCCAAUGUCUUAGACCUGGCUGUGACCUGAUCCUUGGUUCUGAAAAACGUGCAGAUGCUUGCAUGGUUUGUGGUGGACACAACUCUUCUUGUUUACGACAUCGCAGUGUGUACCAAGACCAAAAUAAGGCUGCAGGCCGAUAUGGUUAUGAUGAAGUAACCAUGAUUCCUGCUGGAGCCACACAUAUCCAUGUAAUAGAUAACAGUGGAAACUUCCUUGCACUACAAAAUGGGAACUCUCAGUUUGUCAUAAAUGGAAACUGGGAGAUAGAUUUGCCAGGAGAGUAUAACGUUGCCGGGACCAAGCUAGUAUACAAACGUUCCACAGAUAAUGGUGAGAGCUUUGAAGUUCAAGGUCCCACCCAGGAAGACCUGCAUAUUAUGGUGCUUUUAAUAGAAAGAAAUUCUGCUAUUGAGUAUGAGUACUGGCUACCUCUUGAUAUUUAUGUGCUAUACCAUGAAGAAAAAAGCCAGCUUCGGCAAUCUCAACAGUCAGCAACCUCCUCACCAGAGCAGCAGCCACUCAGUAGCACAAUCACCCCACCAACUUCAACUGCUAGAAUCAAGAAGCCUUCCACGGUCACUGGCAUUCACUUGUGGGAGUCAGCAAAUCACAGGCAGAACUUCCAGCCUCAAGCCCGUUUGGAGCGAGAUGAAAAUCAGAAGAACUUAUUUUCCCAGCAUGGCAACAGCUGUGGUAAAUGCAAAAAGAUCAGAGGGAAAGAAAAUCGGGCGAGAGAAUACUGCCAGAAAGAUUUUGUGUUCCGGGGUAAGAUACUAGAGAAGACCUACAGGGGUCAAGAGACCCGCUAUGACGUGCAGGUAAUGUAUACAUAUCGCAACCGUUUCCCAUUGAUACAAAGAGAAUUCAUAUGGGUACCCAACUUGUGCAACUGUCCUCAGCUGGAGAAAGGACUUGAGUACUUGAUAAUGGCAAGACGCCAUGUGAAUUAUGAACAGACUCUUAAUCGUAUCUUAUUGGAGACUAAUAGCUAUGUGAAGUCCUUCCAUCCUCGGGAAGACCAACUGUUGCGUCAUCUGGAUACUGAAUGUGUCAAGCAAAAAUAUUCAAAUACUCCCAGUCUCUGAAUCUAAGUUACCUUACCUUAAAGGAUAUAUGCAACUGUGCUUCACUCAGGUUGAACAUUGCGGCUGCUUUGUAACCAAAGACAUCAUGGGAACAUUUAGUGGGAUACAGAAAUCUUAGAAUCUGAAAGAUAAUUCAUGACUCUACCAACUUCACGUGACAUUCUGUUUUCCUAUAUUUCAGGAAAAAGAAAGAGAAACAUUAUAAGACUAUAACAGUUGUAUUAGCUUGUAGUCAGAGAAUAGGCAAAAAGACACCACAGCCUGGUCAUUAUCUCACUGGAAUAAACUGUAUCGACUGACACUGAAAAAUAUAUCGUGUAAAUAUUUUGUUAUCAAAUGAAAGUUUCACCAAACUCACACAUUUUCAUAUACUUUUGUGUUCUUCAGCACUGAAAUUUUUUGUUUUUUAAUCUGUUAAAAUUGUGCUUAAUAAUGAGUUAUUUUUUACUGUGUACUGUAAGGCUUCCUAAUUAUCAUUGCGUUGUUCAUCAUUGUUUAAAUGUAAUUUUAGUAUUUAACAAUUGUUUAGGACAAUAAAGUGUUAUCACUCUGUAUUUAGUAAUGGCUAUAAUCUUCAUUUGUAAAAUUGCAUUCAAUGUGCAAUUAAUAUAGUAGUAGUAGUAGUAGUAGUAUUAGGAAUAGGAAUAUUUGUGAAUAAUUGAAUAUAUGAAUUUUAUAUACUCUGAAAUAAAAAUGAUAACAUCGCUAUCUAAGUGUUUUGUGUGUUAUGCUAAUUUUACAUGUCACCUACUCCACACAUCUUUUAAUACAUAAUUCUUUAUUUCUAUUUUGUGUGUUACAUAACACCUACAGUAUUUUGUACCAUGAACAUAGUGUUUACAUUCAGGACUGGGAUCUUUUCAAUUGAACUUUUUUUAUUCAGAUAAAUGUAAAAAUAUGUAAUCAACUCUUACACAUAA